GAGAGAGAGAGAGAACUGUAAUUGAAAGAGGGCUGAGAGAGAAAAAGGAAGAGACAGAGGAGUAUAGUUGAAGAAGAAGCGCGAGAGAGCGAGAGAGAUUAUAGUUGAGGAGGAAGAAAGAGAAGAGAGAGAGAGAGAGAGAGUGGAGUUGAAUAAGUGAGAAGGAGAGAGAAACUACUUGUUGAUACAAUAAUUAAGCAGCCGUGAAAGAAGCACCUGCUUCUUUUGUUUUCCCUUUUUGCCCUCGUGCUGUUGACGUGUUUAAAAUAGAUAUUUCGUAAUUCACUCAGUUUGGCACUGUGUAUGGGACAGAUCUUGCCAGGGAUACGUCGGUUUUUAGAGAUGAGGAGGGAUGAAUUUACUCGUUGCAUCUCUAUCAGUGAGAUGAUUGACCCCGAGAGCAAAGGCAACACUGUGAUUAAAGAUGGAGAUAUGUCAUAUAACACAGAAACCUACAAAGAGUUACAUGAAAUUCUACGUCCCAGUAACGUCGAUCAAUAUGGCUGGGUGUUCACUUUUCAUUCGAUGCCGGGACAAUAUGAUGAAGUCUACCCUGGAAUUCUUUUAGGAAACAGAACGGGGGCUUUGAACAAAGUGGCCUUGAAGAAAGAAGGUGUGACCCAUGUUUUGAACUGUGCCUGUGGAUCAAGAUUCAACAUGAUUAACACAGAUGAAGGAUAUUAUGAGGAUCUUUCCAUUAAGUUUCUGGGAAUCCCCGCUAUGGAUUUUCCAACAUACAAACUCAAUCAAUUUUUUCAGGUGGCAGCAGAUUAUAUUGACCAGGUUCUUAAACAUAAUGGUAAAGUCUUUGUCCACUGCCAGAUGGGGGUGAGUCGAUCUGCUGCUUUAGUAAUCGCAUUUCUUAUGCUGAAACACAGAAUGGAUGUCGUCGAAGCCGUUAGCACUCUGAAAAGCAAACGUGAUAUUUUCCCUAACGAUGGUUUUCUGAAACAGUUGUGUGUACUCAACCGGGAACUCCAUGACUGCCACAGAUAACUUUAUGCUGCUGCCUAUGAACAACCAAUUUCCUUAUCAGUCAUGAGAUGCCAAUUCUUUUCUGCUCUGCAUGUGCAGCCAGCUGUGGCUUUUCACCAGAAACAUUCUACUAAUGCAUGCUGCACCCAGUAAUCUGCUCUAGAUGCACAAUGUUUAUUUCCAGUUACUGCUGAGAUGCUCGCGAUCAUCUGCAUGGUUAUACAUAUUUAUUAUUAUACAUAUUUUUGAUUUCAUUUCCAAACGCAGUAAUUAUCUUGCAAAUGCACUUUGUAUUGGAAAUUUCCUGCUAAUAUUGGCACAAUCUGAAGAAAGCUUAACAUGCAGGUAUAUUAUGACAAAAGGGGCAGACAACUGUUCAGUUUAUUUUUUAUCCCAGUUUUACGCCUUGGCCAACCGGACAAGGUAGUUUUUAUAUGUCCAUUACUAGUUAAUAUUUCUCAACUGUUUUAUAAACAUUCUUUUUAAUACCUCCACAUCUUUAACCUUAAAUAUUAAAUAUCUAUACCAUUGUUUAAGCCUAUAUUGUAUACGAAAGUCUCGGUUCGACUAUUUUGACAUAGGCGCAAAUAACACACUGAGUUACUUCCCUUGAUUUUUCUAUCUUAUUCUUUCCAUUCUUUUGGAGAUAUAAAUAUUUCCAUGCAUAUAUUUUGCUAGGAAUGCGAAAAUGUUUAAAUAUUGUCUUUUUAUUCCCCAUAAAUCUUUGAUGUACUGAUAAUUUAAAUUCUCUAAUAUAAUCACUUAAACCUUUUGAUAUUUGAAAUUAAUCAAAUUAUAUCCUGUAAAUGAAAAGGGGAAAACAAUUUCGAAAUACAUAUAUAUAUAUAUGUGUAUAUAUAUAUAUAUGCCAACUAUAACUAUGUUAUUAUUUUUCUAUAUGAUCAUCAGUUAAAAUAAAGAAAUUCUUCAUUGCUGAACAACAAAAUUAUUUCUAUAUUUUCUCCUCAAUUAUAUAAGAUAUAUAAUUUUUUACUAUCUAUUCUUAAUUUUGAAACGAUUAUAACAACAUUUUAAUAAUUCUCAACUUUUGUCAAAUUUAUCGAGAAACUUAGUAUCUUGUCAACAAACUUUGACUAUCUUCAAGAGCUGGUUUGUCAAAAAAUUUACUGCCUUUUUCAAGAAUUCUGCUAUUUAUUUUGAGAACAUGUCAAGAAACCUACUGCCAUGCUCUAAAACUCCUGUUCUAUCUAAAAUCUUCAUUGACGUUUUAAUAAACCCAUUUUCCAAGAAGCGAAAACAAUCUUGUAGCUUCAUAAGAAUUUAUAACUUACCAUGUAUCUUCAUUUCCUGUCAGCAAGUUCCUUACCUUUGAUCACAACUUUGUUAACCGUUUUAGUAUUUUAUUAAUAAUUCUUGUGUUCAGGAUAUCUGGUAGUGUGUUCAUGACAAUUCUAUGAAUUUGUGUGUUAAACAUCUUAGGGAGCUUCUCUCAAGUGACUAUAUCUUGUCAAUCUCUGAAAAGUAUUGUUGAUUUAAUUCUGAUAAUUUAAUCAAGGAUAAGAUAAACAUGAAUUUAUUUGAUUGUAUUUUAUUCAGUAAAAAAGCAACAUCUCAUGAUGUAUAAUGGAAGUGUCUGUGUACAGUUUGAGGGCCAUCUUGAGCUAAUUGAUAUUUAAAUCUUAAAAGGUGGUGAGCUGGCAGAAACGUUAGCACGCCGGGCGAAAUGCUUAGCGGUAUUUCGUCUGUCUUUACGUUCUGAGUUCAAAUUUCGCCAAGGUCGACUUAGCCUCUCAUCCUUUCAGGGUCAAUAAAUUAAGUACCAGUUACGCACUGGGGUUGAUGUAAUCGUCUUAAUCCCUUUGUCUGUCCUUGUUUGUCUCCACUAUGCUUAGCCCCUUGUGGGCAAUAAAGAAAUAAGAAUCGUUAGCACGCCGGGCGAAAUGCUUAGCAGUAUUUUGUCUGUCUUUACGUUCUGAGUUCAAAUUCCGCCGAGGUCGACUUUGGCUUUUAUCCUUUCAGGGUCAAUAAAUUAAGUACCAACUGCAUACUGGGGUUCAGCUAAUCGACUAGCUCCCUUGCCCAAGAAUUUUGGCCCUUGUGCCUAGAGUAGAAAAGAAUAUAUUUUCAUCCUACCUUAUAAAUUAGAUUACAUAGAAUAUCAAAUUUAAUUAUACUAAUUAUCAAAUUUAAUUAUACUUAAUGAUGAUGAUGUUGGGAGUGUGACAUUAAAAUAGAAAAAUAGGAUUUAAAUGACGGCCCUUGAAAAAUGAUAAUUUCAGAUUUCUUUCUGGAAAUGCUUAUAGUUUCAAGACUUUAAAGCAAGCAAUGUUAUGUUUUUCCUGUUUCAGAAUUAGAAAACAUUGUAUGGGUUUAUUUUCAAGUAAAAAGUCUUCUUUUCUUGAAUUCUAUGUGAUCUAGAACACAUAUAUUUCUUAGCAUUCAGAACACAUAUAUCUCUAGAACAUUCUCUCAAAUGUAAUAUUUAUUUAUUUACAUUCUUUCGAAUUAAUCAUGGAUUAUCUCAUAGCUUCAAGAUUUUGAUGUAAAUUAUGUUUUUAGCAAGACAUUGUACGGUAGGUGUGAGAGGUCAGAUCUGGCAGAACAUAAAACAGGCUUGAAUCAGCCAGCUUAAAUGCUUUAUAAAGAAUUUAUAUCUAGAUCAUACUUAGUGCUCAAGAGAAUGUUGGGAUAAGGGUUUAAAUUUUAUCUUGCUCAAGGUGACCCCAAACUGUAAGUGGAUACUAUUGGCAUAUAGAUAUCAUGGGAUAUUACAUGUUCAUUAAAUAAAAUACAAUCACAUUUCUUUCAUUGUUGAUUAAACUAUGAAUGAUAUAUCAGAAACAUUCUUGAAAUUGGCAGCAUGUAGUCACAGACUUUCAUGUUAUAUCAAUCAAAAUACUUUGCUUUCCCCCAUCUCUCUCUCUCUCUCUCUGUGAGAGAGGCUCCCUAGGCCCUUGAGCUUAAGAAGUCUCAAUAAAAACCAAGUCUCCCUUAAAUCAUAACCUGUUGUCUGAAAUGAGGAAGGAGACAUUAGGUAAUAUAUGCCUACAGACUGCUAAAAGAAAGGUGGUAGGGACAGGAUUCGAAUACUUCUGAUCAUCUGUUUAAACAACAAGUCUCUCUCUCUCCUUCUCCUCUCCAUUUCUCUUCUCUUUCCCUUUCUAUUCUCCUCUCUCUCACCUCUCCCCACUCUAUGUCAUUCUCCUCUCUGAGAUCGUUGCAUUUAUAGUUAUUGAUAGGCUCAGAGAUGGAUGAAAAGCUUUUGGCCUACAAAGAAUUGUCUGACAGUAAUUUAAAAUACCAAAUAGACUCAACAGACUAAUAAACUGCAUUUAUAUAACAUUUCUCUGUCGUUAUUUAAACUGGGUGAUAAAUCCAGCGAUAUUUGAUAAUUAUAAAAAUAAAUUUUCAAUUUCUUCUGAAAUCAAAUUAGUAGUCUUUGAGCUCACUUUUUAUGUAAUAUACUGCCAUGUAUAACUUGGUCUGAAACAUCAGUACAUCUUUGCCACAUGUUUUAUGAUUACAUGGAGGCACACACACACACACAGAUGGACAUUCCUGAACAGACACACAGAUAUAUACAUGUACACAUAUAUUUUCCCUCUCAUUUUAAAUUGUCUAAUCUAUUUUCUUUAUAAAUGGAAAGAAAGGAACUUGUUGCUGUUUACAAUUUAUUUUGAUCUGAUUGCAAGCUCUGAAUAAAAAAAAAAAGGGAAACAUGUAUCUUCCAUCUCGCAAUUGUCAAAUUUAAUAAGAAAAAGAAAUGUAUUUUUAUUAGAGAUAAAUCUAUACGAUAACAAUUGGUAAACAAAAGAGUUUCUUUUGUAAACAAAAAUUAUAUUUAUAUUUUAUUUUGUUUAUACGACAAAUAAACUGAGAUCAUUCACGUUUCAUACUUGUCAAUCUUUUAAUCUCUUAACCCUUUAAUUAUGGCAGUUGUCAGUUAGUGAUUUGCCAAAAGCAUGCUGAGAGGAAUGGAAGUCAUUAAGAAAUGAUGCAGAUUGUCAUAACAUUUGUUUUUAAUGUAUAAAAAUUCAAUUUUUAAAUAUUAUAAAUUUUCAUAUUACACUAUUAAUUCAUAUUACUAAUUUUCAUAUUUUUUUAAUUUUCCAACCAAGGUGAUAAUGCCCAAAUAUUAAUUAAUGUACCUAAAAAAAAAAAAUAAGCAGUCAAAGGUUUGCAUACAUAUACAUGCAUGUGUGUGUGUGUGUGUAUGCAUGUAUGUGUAUGUAUGUAUGUGUGUGUGUGUGUGUAUAUAUAUAUAUAUAUAGGAAUACAAAAAAUGGGACAAGAAUGUAAAACAUCCAGACAGAUGAUACAAAAAAGGGACAAGAAAAAACAAGGAUGGGUCAUUCGGAGCUUUCUUUCCUCAGUCAAGUUCCAGAUUAUCUUUGCAAUUUUGGCUGGUUAUACUCAAGAUUGCUCCAAUAUGGCCAGCCCUAAGGAAAAACUAAGCUAAAAACACUAGAUUCCUUGGAAGAAAGCAGCGAAUGUAUACAAAAACAAGGACGGAAAAAAAAAGGAGAAAUGGUACACAAAUACAAAUGCAAAUAACAGGACAUAACAAUAAGUGUCUUUCGACUAAGGAAGAAUUAGACCAAUGUUACUGGAAGAAAAUUAUAUUUGUUAAACAUUAUUGGUUGGUAUAUUUCAUUAAACAUUUGAAUACAUUUUAAAGAAUUUACUUUUUAUUUGUGUAAAGAAAAUUAUAAUGCUGAUGCCUGGUUACAAAACGUUUCAUAUAUAUAUAUUUUCUUUCUGAAGAAUGAAAUCUUUAUAAUUAACCCUUUAGCAUUCAAAUUAGUCUAUCAAAUGUAAUGCUUAUGUAUUCAUGCUGUUUUGAACUAAUCCUGCAUCAAUCACACACACACACACACACACUCACUCAUAAGUAAUCAAUCAAAAUUCAGGAAAAGUGAUAAUUAAAGUGUAUUUAUUCAUAUGGAAUAAAUACUUUUCCAUCUCUCACUUCUGAUUUUUAAAUUAUUUUUACGCUCCAGUUGCGUUUCUUGGAUUUUCAGAUGCGAAGUAACAUUAACUUGCAUUAUAAACUUAAAUUUAAUUGCUAUGCUACCUGAUAGCCAGACACCAGCUGGAGUGCUUACUGUGAGUUACAUUUGAUUCUCUGAAUCCAUUUUUUUUCAUUUGUGUGUGUGCGUGUGUGUGUAAAUGAAUCUAACAAAAAAUAAAUUUUUGAAUUUGUAGCAAAAAUUCUUCAUAAAAAAAUGAAUUCAUUGUACAAAAAUUAAUUUAUUUUACAUUUUUACUAAAAUGUGCAUUUGAACUAAGAUAUUUAUGGUACAAAUUUUGUAUUUUGUAAUUUUUAUUAAAAAAGAAUUAUUCCCUCUCUCCUCCACAUACUCCCCUCAGCAAUAUUAGAAUACAAAUUCUUAAAAUUUAGAAUUUGAAAUUUAGAAGAUGUUUUCCGAACUGUUUGCAUUGUUUUCAAUUUAUUGACAUAAAAAAACAAAUACCUUUUUGAUGAAAUUAAAACCAUUCAACUUAUAUUUAUUCACUUUUUUUAACAAAAUAUAUAUUCAUGAUGUUAAUAUUAGGCGAGCUGGCAGAGUAGUUAGCACGCCAGGCAAAUCGCUUAUUUGUAUUACGUCCAUCUUUAUAUUCUGGGUUCAAAUUCUACCAAAGUCGACUUUGCCUUUCAUCCUUUUGGGGUCGAUAAAAUAAGUACCAGUUGAGCACUUCCCUUCUCUUCCCUUAAAAUUGCUGGCCUUGUGCCAAAAUUUGAAACCAUUAUUAGGUGUUAACCCUUUGCCUCUCCAAAUUAUUUUCACAAGUUUAUCCUAAACGCCCAGGCUUGUUUCCCUUUUUUAGUUAACCCUUGUUUUCUACAUUCUGAAUAAUAAAAGUUUUCCUUUCAUAAGUUACUCUGAUAGUUGAAAAAAUACUGGGAAUGUGUAUCAUAUCUGAUACCAGGGAAAUAUAUCUUGAGUAUCACAUGCGAUACACAGGACAGGCAAUGGUUAAAUACUAAUCUUCAGAAAUGCUUAGUGGUAUUUUGUCUGCCGUUACGUUCUGAGUUCAAAUUCCACCGAGGUCAACUUUGCCUUUCAUCUUUUUGGGAUUGAUUAAAUAAGUACCAGUUAUGCACUGGGGUUGAUGUAAUCAACUUAAUCUCUUUGUCUGUCCUUUGUCCCCUCUAUGUUUAGCCCCUUGUGGGCAAUAAAGAAAUAAAUAUUAAGUUAAUGAAGACUAGGUCACAUGAUACAUUUGCCUUAGAUUCUUAACCAGUAAUAUAAAUAAUUUAGGAUAAAAGCCUAUUCUAAGCUUUCUAUUGACUCUAUUGGGUCAAAAUGAGUAGGAAAGUAAAUUUUUAAAAAGGCCCACAAAAACAAACCACACCCAAGCAAUAUAAAAUUGUAUAUGAAUAUAAAUAAAUCGUUAUCAUUAAAGAACUGAAUUGCAUCUCAACAAACCUAACGAAAUUGUUUGCAGACAUUAUUCAGUAUUGAAAUUAUAAUUAUUCUGCUCAUUGAACCGUUUAACAUUCAGAUUAAUCUGUCAAAUGUAAUGCUUAUUUAUUCACAUUGUGUAGAAUUAAUCAUGAAUUAUCUCAGAGCUUUGAGAUUUCGAUGGUGUGGUUGUUUGAUUUUUAGAAUGACAUUGUAAGGUAGGUGCAAGAGGCGGGAUCUGGCUGGUUCGAACAUAAAGCAGGUAAAGUAUUCAGGCUGGUUUAAAUGCUAAAGGGUUAAAAAACAUUGAGGCUGUGUAUCAUGUGUGAUGUGUGAACUCCAGGGAAAUAUGUUCUGUGCAUCACAUGUGAUACACAGGCAAAGGGUCGAUAUUGAUGACAGUGGCAGAAAUGUUAAGGGUGCCUGUGGCAGUGGUGGUGUUGAUGCUGGUAUUAAUGAUGUUAGAGUUUAAGGCAGUGAGUUGGCAGAACCGUUAGCACGCUGGAUGGGAUGCUUAAUGGCGUUUCGCCCAUUCCUAAAUUCUGAGUUCAGAUUCUGUCAAGGUUGACUUUGCUUUUCAUUCUUUUGGGGUCAAUAAAAUAAGUACCAGUUGAUCCACUUGCCCCUCCACCACCUCAAAUUGCUGGCCUUGUGCCAAAAUUUGAAACUAUUAUUGAUGUGAGAGUUUCAUGAAAUCUAAGUAGAAUCUAAUGUUAUGUUCGAAGAACGUUUUUCUUUGAAAAUGGUACAGCCAUGGUUAUGUGGUUAAAAUGUUUGUUUCCAAAUCAAAUGUUUUUAGGUAGAGUCAUGGCUGGAUCAUGAACUUGCUUAAUAAGGACUGACUUAGCAUGGAAAAACUGAUGUAAAAAAAGAGUUCUGCCUAAAAUGUUAUUCUUUCUGUUUUAUGUUCAAACUGACCAGAUCCAGACUCUCACACCAAUCCUACAAUAUCAUUCUAAAAAUAUAUAAUCACACGAUUAUCUCAUGAGAUAAUGCAUGAUUAAUUCAAGAUAUUGUAAAUAGAUAAGCAUUACAUUUGACAGAGCAGUCUGAAUGUUAAAGGGUUGACCUCACUUCUUUUCAUGGCAUGAGUAAUUAACUGUUUUACUAAUUUUAUUAAUUGUCUUUUACCAACAUAAAUCCUCGUUAGUUUCUGCAGAUUCUUGUAUUUUCCUUAACCUGAUCUACUCUGGUAUAUAAGUGUAAUCAAGCAGUUUAAUUACUUGGUCCAUUAUUUUGUACUUGUAUUUUAUUUCUCAACCAUUCAUCCAUCCAUCUUCUCCACCCACUGUUCCUGGAAGGGUUGCAGGGGUAGGGUCCUCAGGUGCCUUCUCCAUAGGGUCCUGUCAGCAGCAACCAUCAUUACACUUUCUAACCGAAUUACCAAGCAUGACCAGCUGAUACUGUAAAUAUUCUCCAACCAUCUUGUUAUUGGUCUACCCUUGUCUCUCCUGCUGAUUAGCAUGGCUUGAAGAAUUUUCCUUGUGAUUCUUUCCUGCAACAUUCUAAUCACAGGUCCUCAGUUCCAGAGCUGUGACCCCUCAAUGCAUAAGAAGUAGUUAUUCAUGUAUGUCAGUGGAUCUGGAAGGACACCAAAGUAAUCACAAUAUGAGGUGAAAAUCCUAAAUUUUUUUUCUGAAUGGGAGACAGGAGAGGGUGCUCUAAUUAUGAGGAAUUGUCUCAUUAAGCAUCCCUAGUAUACACUACAUUUAGUGUCUGGAAAAAAAGAUGUAAGGGAAUUGUUGAGCCCAAGACGAAGAACAGUGUGGCUUCCACCCUGGAUACAGCACAACCGAUCUAUUUUAUUAUUUUUUUAAGGAAAUCAACCAAAAGAAUUAUGUAUUUUCACAAGAACAUUCUAAUUUGGGGCAAAACCCCCAAAUUUCAUAUAAUGACUUUUUUAUUAUUCAGAAAGUAAACUUUAAUGAUAAGAAUCUUAUUAAGGACAAGCUUUUAAUGUCAGUUCUUGACCUGGUACCCACCUUUCCACCCAAAGACACACCUUUAUAUGAUCAGGGUGGUAUUCAUUGCAUUUAGUUAUUUUUUUAUAAAUGACAUUUUUUCUGAAAACAGCUUUUUUCUUUUUUUGAUAAAAUCAAUUGAAUUGACAAGUUCAAAGUACAUAAAAGAAAUCGUACUCAAUCAUAUACGUAUACACACAAGCAUGUAUUCACACAUACAUAAUCAUUCUCACAGACAUGUAUACACAUACACACACAUACAAUUCCAUAUCCUGACUAUUAUCAUCUUUUUUUUUUUCUAUUAUAACCCCCUACUUCCUACAAAACGAAGUCAUCCACCAUGUUAGAAAUAGCAGCCAAAUCUGCCUCAUAUCAGUUACUUUGGACAAGGAUAUAGUUUUGGAUAGACGAGCCUGGAAAAAAAUUUUGUAGGAUGGUCAUUGUUGGAAUGUCUUUUGAUCAUAAAUCUAUUUGAUGAAGACUGAUCUCAGACUUAAAACUCCACAACAACAGCAAGAACAACCUCUGCUUGGCCACUUUAUACUAUAAACAUAGUUUUAUUCUAUGUCUGCUCUUUGUAUCUCCCAACACUACUAUAACAGACUCUGCUCCUAUUAACUUAUCAAGUAACAACACUUCCAUUCCACCAGUCUCCCCUCACCACUUCUGUUUUCCUCAAGAACAACAGUUUUUAACCUGGAAGAAAUCACCACCGCCAUAGGGUGGGGAUGGGGUAAAAUUUGGGGAUUUCAGCAUGGAACCGGAAUCCCACUUUUUUAUGGUCCCGAUUCUAGGUCGACAUAAUUUCACUUCCCUAACCCCUUUGGUUGUCUUUGAGAAAAAUGUCCCCUUUUUUCGCAUCAUUUCUUUCCCUUGAAAGAUAGACACUUUGUGCCUAGUCAAAUAUUAUCAGAUUUUUAUGGGAAAAUACCUUGUGGUGUUAUAAUCCUAUCCUUUUAUCUUUUUGUUUCCUUCUUUUACUUGUUUUAGUCAUUAAUCUGUGGCCACGCUGGGACAGCGCCUUGAGAAAUUUUAGUCAAACAAAUCAACCCCAGUAUAUAUAUUUCUGAAGCCUGCUGCUUAUUCUAUUGGUCUCUUUUGCCAAACCGCUAAGUUACAGGGAUGUAAACACACCUACACCGGUUGGUGAGGGACACACACACACAUAUAUGAUGGGCUUCUUUCAGUUUCCAUCUACUAAAUCUACUCACAAUUCUUUGGUCAGCACAAGGCUAUUGUAGAAGACACUUGCCCAAGGUGCCACAUGGGACUGAACCCAGAACCAUGUGAUUGGGAAGCAAGUUUCUUACCACUCAGUUACACCUGCAUCUUUUUACAUUCCGCAUUCAAAUCCUGUCUCUUGUCCUUCUGGGCUUGAUAAAAUAAAGUACCAGUACUUGAUGUACUCACCCAAGUACUGAUUAACCCCUUUCCUCAAAUUUCAGAGCGCGUGUUUCAGUAGAAACUCUAAUUCAUCAAACAAAUAUUUAUCAGCAUUAUUUCCAAUUCUUUAUUGUACUGUGUUCAAAUCCUGCCGUGGUAAACUUAGCCUUUGAUUUUUUUUUUUUUUUUAGGCAGGGAGGGGUUUCGAUAAAUUAAGUAUCAGUCAAGUACUGGGGUUGAUGUAAUCGACUAACUCCUUUCCCUAAAAUUACAGGCCUUGUGCCAAAACUUGAAACUUAUUAUUAUUAUUAUUAUUAUUAUUGGUGGUGGUUUAAGCAAUACUAUAUUUAGAUAAUAACACGAAAUAAUUUGAAAAAAAAAACAUUUUUAAAAAUUAUAAUAUUAAUUAAUAAACAAUAAAUAAUGAAUACAGAAUUAUUCUUAUUAUUGUUUUUAAGGCGGUGAGCUGGCAGAAACGUUAGCAUGCUGUCUUUACGUUCUGAGUUCAAGUUCCGCCAAAGUCGACUUUGCCUUUCAUCCUUUCGGGGUUGAUAAAUUAAGUACCAGUUACACACUAGGAGCGAUGUAAUUGACUCGUUCCCUCCCCACAAAUUUCAGGCCUUGUGUCUAUAGUAGAAAGGAUUAUUAUUAUUAUUAUUAUUAUUGGUGGUUAAAGUAAUAUCAUCUUAAGAUAAUCACACGAAAUAGUUUGAAAAAAAAAAAAAAGAAAAAAUUACAAUAUUAAUUAAUAAAUAAUGACUACAGAAUUAUUAUUAUUAUUAUUGAAGGUGGUGAGCUGGCAGAAUCGUUAGCAUGCCGAGCAAAAUAUUUAGCGGCAUUUUGUCCGUCUUUACAUUCUGGGUUCAAAUUCCACCAAGGUUGACUUCGCUCUUCAUCCUUUCAGGGGGUAGGUUGGUCAAUAAAUUAAGUACCGGUUAUGUACAGGGGUCAAUGCAAUCGGAUAGCACUCUCCCUCAAAAUUUCAGGCCUCGUGCCUUUAGUAGAAAGGAUUAUUAUUAUUAUUAUUAUUAGUGAAACUAGCAGAAUCAUUGGAGUUAUCAAGAAAAAAUGCCUUACAGUAUUUGCGUUGGUAGUUUCCAUUUUAAGUUCAAAUCCCACCAAGGUCAGCUAUGCAUUUCAAUAAAAUACCAGUCAUGUAGUGAGGUUUAUAUAAUGAGCUUGCCCCUCCUUUCAACGUUGCUGCCUUGUGCUUAUAAUAGAAAGAAUCAUCAUUAUUAUUAUUAUCAUUAUUAUUAAUAUCAUUAUUAUUAUUAUUAUUAUUAUUAUUAUAAUUAUCAGAUGCUUUAUUGCAGUGAAGUGGGCUUGUAAUCAGUUUGAAUCCCCAGCUGGAAAUGUGUCACUUCCCUAAUGGUUAAAUGUAAAAUCCUUAUUGUUGUAAUUGAGUUAUUUGGUAUGAAUUUCCCAGGAGUUACAAAAGUCCACAGACAUGUUUCUGUUUUCUUCCAUUUUUCCAAAGUGCUUCGUUUUAGUUGCUAAAAAAUCCCUGGAGGAAAACCUUUCAACGUCACACAUAUUCUCAUCUUUUUAUAUUUGAUAUUCCAUGUCUCAGUAAGCAACCAUGUAUAUUUAUUUAUGUGUUCUAUGGUGAUAUUGAAAAUAUAUGAAUAAAUGAAUAUGUGUGUA